CCGUUCUUCCUCCGGUCGCGUGAGGCCUUCCUCGCGCGGGUUGCCCCUCUUCCUCGGAGCGGCGCUUCAUUCGCCAGGCGGCUCCUCUUCGGAAGGAGACGGUUUUGGUUUUAGGGGCGGCGGCAGCAGCUGUAGCGUUCAUGUCGCGAAGGCGCGUUUCCGCCAGCCCGGAGCUGAGCUGGCGACAGGAUCAGGCGCUGGGCACCACCAUGCGUAUCGUGCGGGAGCUGGGCCCCACCGCUUUCAUCCUGCAGGAGGAAGACCGGAGGGCGGCGGAGCUCAGGGUUUCCCUGGGGAACCCACAUUCAUGCAGCUGCUCAGUAUUUCUGAAAGAGAAGGACCUUUGUAAACAUAUCUGCUGGUUAUUACUAAAAAAGUUCAAACUUCCAAGAGACCAUGAAUAUGCUUUACAGAUUGGUCUGUUAGAACGAGAAAUUAACUAUCUGCUUCAAAGCCCACAACUUUCUCCCCAAGUAAAAGUAAUUGCCCAUUCUCUUAAGGAAUUGAAAACAGUUGAUGAUGGGUAUGUUAAACAAAAUAUUGAUAAUGAGGAUAUAUGUCCUGUUUGCCAGGAGACGCUACUCAAAAAAAUGCUUCCUGUCACUUAUUGCAGGUUUGGUUGUGGGAACAACAUACAUACAGUGUGUAUGAAAAUUUUGAUUGAUCAUCAGCGAGAUUUAGAGAAAAAUUCUUUAGUAAAGUGCCCUCUAUGCAGGGAAAAUUUUGCACCACUGAAGCUUAUCUUGGAAGAAUUCAGAAACUGCAAAAAACUUGUGACUGCAGCAGAAAAACAAAGUCUUAACAAACACCUUGGAAUCCCUUGCAAUAAUUGCAGAGUACUACCCAUUGAGGGAAAUUGCUACAAGUGUACUGAAUGCAGUGAUUACCAUCUAUGCCAUGGAUGUUUUCAAAGCUUUUGUCAUCCAUCACAUACUUUUUCUUUCCGAGAGAAAAGGAAUCAGAGAUGGAAAUCAUUUGAACCAAAAGUGCAACUGUCAACAACAGAAGAAAAUCCAAAGAUUAAUCCAGAAGAGAAGUUUAUAGAAGAAAAAAACAAGGAACAAUUCAGCUGCAUACCACAGCAGGUAAUGAACUCAAUACCCAAUAUGGUGAUUAGAAAGGGCAGCCCUUUACUUGAUCCAGGUUUACAGUGUAGACUCUGUUUGAAGAUAUUCUGCCUUGGCCAAGUCACAAGGACCUUACCAUGUAAUCACAAGUUCCACAGAAAAUGCAUUGAUCGUGGUUUUGCAGAAGAAAAUGCAUGUCCUAUUGAUGACCAUGUUGUAUAUAAUCCAUUAACUUGGGAGACGGCACCAAGCAAAGACAAAGUAACUCAAUUAGGGUCUCAAGCAAAGCACCUCCUUGCAAAGCAGCCUGGGCUGGAUCUUUUUAUACCAGGCACUGGAUUGUCUAUCAAACAAAUAAAGCCUCACCAUGUCACAGAGGUAUCUCAAGUGUUUUCAGGAAACUGGAAUAAGAAAAAAAAUUCUGCAGAGACUGCAAAUUUAACAUUGAAUGGUUUCAGCUAUCCUUGUACCAGAGAUGCUGGUUCUAGCUUGCUUAACACAAAACCAAGACAUUUGAAAUUUUCUAGACAUAUGAAGGGUUUAGUCCUUAUCCCAAAGGCUCAUGCUGAUACAGUUACCGAAAAAGUAGUUGGUACUGAUUUAAGAUUAUAUGCAAAUUGAAAGACCGAUUAA